AUGGUGGUGUUCAAUACAGCAACACAAAUGUGGGAGCCUGAGAUUAUAAAGAUAGACUUUGGCCUAGGUUACACGUGGCUUGGUUGUGUGGUGAUGGCUGAUAAAUUUUACAUGAGGGAUAAUGAGAACAGCUUUGUUUACGACCCAAAGGAAAGAAAAUGGGAAAAGGACGAGAUGUUGAAUUCUAAUAAGUGGAUGCAUGCGUGUGUAGUUGAUGACGUAUUGUACAACCACUAUACGGACGAGAAGGAGAUAAGAGCGUAUGAUCCAAAGCAAAGGUGUUGGAGAGUGGUGAAAGGUUUGGAAGAGUUGUUUUCUGAGAGGAUGGAAUUUUCAAGGACUGUGACUUACGGUGGGAAACUGCUUUUGCUUUUUUCUAAAGUGUUCAGAAAGAAACCAUUAGAGAUUUUCUAUGUGGAGAUUUCAUUGGAAAGAAAUCAAAGAAGAGAGAUUUGGGGUAAAGUUGAGUGGAGUGAUCAUGUUUGGAAUGCUGUGAAGUUUGACUGGAAUAAACCUUUAGCUGUUGUAGUUUGA